CAUCUAUCAACGCGUCGGUAACAACUGACAGCAAGCGAACAUCCGCCGGUGUUCUCAUUGAUACUCACACUCAUCGUACAUUGUCCACUGUCACUCACACACAGGUCCAACGUUCAUCUCGUGCCACUCGCUCACACACCCAAACUUCCACCCCCGUUGCUGACACACAUGAUCAUACAUCUACCGGUUCUACUCUCACACAUCCCCGCAUAUCCACCCCCGUAAUUGGUACACAGGAUCUAACAUCCAUCACUCCCAAAUCUACUUCCACAGUCAACAUUUCCACAGUCAACACAUCCACCCCUGUUUCUAUAUCCCAUCCUGGAGAGAAGACUAACACGACCGAUUAUCAAAGUAAAUAUGUUUAUUACUUCUUGAGUUUAUUGGCAAUACCCAUAGUUAUUCUCCGAUGCAUUUAUAAUCAACGGCAAAAAAAAAAAAACGGUUUUAAUCGCAUGACCAGCGACAUCAUAGAGGAACACGAUAUUUUCAACAGAUUAAAAACCUCUGUUCAUGACACUAAUAUCGAAAUGGGCGAACUUGAUUCAAAAUCUAUUUAAUAUUGUAAUUCUGUAAUAUGCAUGUACUCUUAUUUGUUGUGUUCUCGUUUCUACAUGUAUUUGGAUUGUAGAAAUAAUUGUGAUAUUUCGCAUGUACGUGUUUUUCUUUUCCAAUCUGUUCCAAUUUUGAUUUUUGUUUUGCAUGAAACGAAACCUGAUGUUGUAGAUCAGCAUGUAAGUAGUUAAUUCAUUUCUUAAAUUAUAAAUUAAGUAGAGUGGCCCCAGGUGGAGUUUAAAUAUAAAAUAUUCUAUUGUGUUCAUGUACAGCGUAUUUAUAAUUAUUUUUUUUUUAGUUUAAUUUUAUUACAGUCCAAGAUGCCUAUGGCCUAGUAGUCUCUGCUGUGGUUAUGGUGUUCCUCCUCCUCCUGGGAUGGAUCCUACGAUCCAUCUUAGGCCAUUUUGGCAUUGAAUGCCGCGUCCCAGUGAAGAGGGGGAGAGGGAGACGGAGUGAUGUCGAAAACCCCCAGCCACGGGACGAGGAAACCCGCCCCAAAGAGCGUCUGGAAAUAAUGGAAUCGACUGCCGCGGGAAAAACGGAUCAAGACAGACCGCUGCCAACUGGGGCAAAGGGUGGCCGACCCCGCACGAUGCCCCCCAAAAAGUAUCUGCUGUUAACUCCGCCGUCUUACUACCUCAGAUCCUCCAAGAAGUAAAGGACAGAAAGACAAAAAGGACAGUGCGCUAUAGUCAGAUAGACUGUGCACCCUAUUUACAUGUUGAAAACAAUUUUGAUUAAAUUUCAUUGGAUUACUAUCAUUGUUUGUUUAAAUGAAAUAACUGAAAUGACAACAGUUUUGAUUCGAUAUGACAGAGAGUAAGUCAACCCCGUUCCUCUGUCAAUGUGAUUGAUGUUUGAAAAGUGAGAAAAGCCACGUACUGAAAUUCGAUCGUAAGAAACAUAAUCACCUGAGUUGCGUAAAAAUUGGUUGGAGUCUGUCUACACGGUCAACACACAUGCAGUCAAAUCUAAUGUACCAA